UCCUGAUGCUGAACCUAUGCAGUUAUUGCAGAACGCAGAAAAACGUCGUCCUCAUGGCUAUUUUCUCGGACAGUUAACUUUACGCCAACAAUAUACUCGCGUUUUAUAACAGCUUUUAUUUGCCCUAUUUAUUCUGAGACAGUUCAGAUUUUAUGUCGCAUAUUUAUUCAUAGUUUCAAAAAGUUAACAUGGCUACAGCAAGCGGCAAUUGCAACCACGGCGGCGCGGGUUCAGAGAAGGACAGGUUGGUUUCCUCUCUGUCACCUCACGGCUACGGCUCCAGCGACAGCAGCGGCAAGCAUGUUCACCACAGACCCAGCCAUGGCAACCCCCAGUUGCCCACGGCGAAUGCGGGGGGCUGGCUGGGGGCGGAGCAGGAAGAGGAGGCCCUGCGCAGGAAGCUCAAGUACUUCUUCAUGAGCCCCUGUGACAAGUUCCACGCCAAGGGCCGCAAGCCCUUCAAACUGGGCCUGCAGCUGCUCAAGAUUGUCAUUGUCACCGUGCAGCUGGUGUUGUUUGGCCUCAGCAACCAGAUGGUGGUGACGUUCAAGGAGGAGAACACAUUGACCUUUAAGCACAUCUUCCUGAAGGACUAUGACGAGGGCUCCGACGACACGUUCGCCGUGUACACAAAGAGUGAUGUCAAUGAACACAUCUUAUAUGCCUUAGACCAGUAUUUGGUGCUACCCGAGACCACGGUGGGAAGCUAUGCGUAUGUCUAUGGGGUCGGGGUGAACGGGAGUGCCCUCUCUCUCUGCCAGCAGUACUACAAGAAGGGCAGCAUCGAUCCCGCCAAUGAUACCUUCAACAUUGACCCUCAUGUUAUCACAGAAUGUGUGGGGGUUAACCCUCUGUCGGUCCCUCAAGCGCCUUUAAGCAUUGACUACAAGAACUUUACCCUCAAGUUCCACAAACUCAUAAACGUGACGAUACAGUUCCAACUAAAGGCCAUCAACGUUCAGACCAUCAUCAACAACGAGAUUCCUGACUGUUACACGUUCUUCAUAACGAUAGUCCUGGACAACAAGGCUCACAGUGGUAAAGUGAGGAUCAGUCUGGAAAACCAGGCUUUUAUAAAGGAGUGUAAAGACCCCAGUGUGUCUGGCCAUGCGGAGAACCACACGCGGCUAACGUUUGACGUGGUGGUGGCGAUCGUUUGUAUGCUGUCCCUGGUGCUGUGUGGCCGCUCCAUACUCCGAGGCAUCAGACUACAGGCCGAGUUUGUCGAGUUCUUCAAGACUAACCUGGGCCGGAAUGUAAGCUGGGAUGAAAGGAUGGAAUUCAUCAAUGGCUGGUACAUCCUGCUCAUCAUCAGUGACGUCCUCACCAUGAUCGGCAGCUUCAUCAAGAUCGCCAUCGAGUCUAAGAAUUUGUCAUCGUAUGAUGAGUGUGGCAUCCUGUUGGGGACCUCCACCUUGUUGGUGUGGGUCGGAGUCAUUCGCUACCUCAGCUUCUUCCAGAAGUACAAUAUCCUGAUCGUGACCUUGCGAGCUGCGUUCCCCAACGUAAUCCGGUUCUCCUGCUGUGUAGCUGUGAUCUACCUGGGCUACUGCUUCUGUGGCUGGAUCGUGCUGGGGCCCUAUCACGUCAAGUUCCGCUCUCUCUCCAUGGUGUCGGAGUGCCUGUUCUCGCUGAUCAACGGCGAUGACAUGUUUGUGACCUUCUCGGAGAUGCAGGAGAGCAGCAUGCUGGUGUGGGUGUUCAGCCAGGUCUACCUCUACACCUUCAUCUCCCUCUUCAUCUACAUGGUGCUCUCGCUCUUCAUCGCCCUCAUCACCGGCGCCUACGAAACCAUCAAGCACCAAACCCAGGAGCCCUACCACAUUACGGACCUGCACGCCUUCAUCGCAGAGUGCACUGACACGCCCAGCUCGGGGAAGUUCCAGGGCCUUGAGACCUCGCCCUGCUCCUUCUUCUGCUGCUGUGACCGAACGACAACAUACGAGGAUGUCCUUUUGGUGAACUGACUGGGCUGGGGUGUCUGGACCUACAGCGCUUUCUGCUGGCCGGAGUGCCACACUGCAUCCAGAUUUUCAUUGUCGUUACCAUCAAAUCUGGGUCAGACAUGAGCACGUACUUGAAUGAGGAACCUCAGUUCAACCAUGUACAGACAGAGGACUAUGAGCUGAAAGCCUAGUCUUUUUUGAGUGGAUUCAUUGAAGAGACCGCCUGCGUUUUGUGAAUUUUAUAGGGAUGUUGCACAGUAACAUACAACUCAACACAGCAUUCCCCACACAGAAAGAGAACAGUAUUUUGCCAAAAUCUGGAUAUACGCACGCAGUGCUAGCACAGCACUCUUCAAAAUCCAUACUUGCUGAGGGCCAUAGUGCAAUGUGGAAUGUCUUGUUAGCACUAAUGCUAACGUUUAGCUGUUUUUAAUUGUUUUACAUGGGUUUUUAGGUGUUAAGUUGCACAAGGGACAAGAACUGGAACUGUACAAAGCAUGUUUUUAUUAUAUAUAUAUAUAUAUAUGUCAGAAGUUCUGGUUAUAUAUGAAGGGGAUGACAAUGACAUGCAUACUUCCUACUAGGCCAGAGACUGCUCUGGAGGAGCACUUCCACUGUCCCUAAGGAGAGAGCACUUAAGCCCAAUUUACAUGACUCACACAAGAACGUUCUUGCCCUGUCAUGAGGCGCAAGCCCAGCAAGAACUGCUGAGAGCAAGGCUGGCUUCGUCGCAGCGCUUUGGGUUACCACCGUUGCACUCAGAGUUCAAGUAAGUGGAACUUAAACCCUGCACUGCGCCUGGACCCAAUGGCUCACUCAGUGGCCUUUCAUCUUUGCUCAGAUGUACAUAUACUGCCCAAUAGGCUGUGUUUAGACAGGCAGCCCAAUUCUGAUAUUUAUUCCACUAAUUGGUCUUUAAUCACAUCAGAUAUUUUUCAGAGCUGAUCUGAUUGGUAAAAAAUACCAAUUAGUGAAAAUAAGAUCAGAAUUGAUCUGCCUGCCACACCCAGGUGCUGGUGCUGGUCACCAGGAACAGUAUCCAUAGAAUUGUUCUAUAGUUUGUUGGACACAGAAAGAGAUGCAGUGCAUCAUCUCAAGCACACCUACAGUACCAGACGUUAUAGUAGGUGUUAAUCCGAAGACACAGCACACAGGGUAAAUGUCAGGACUAUUGUUGAUUUGUACGUGUCAAGUUGUCCUGUUCACGAUGCACAAAUGAUGCUUUUUAUCGCUACAUGCUGAACACCGCUUCAUCAGAGUUCAUUUGAAAGGGGACCAGCAGUGAAGUAGUCAAAUCCUCUCUGAAUCUCAGAAACCCACUAACGCACUACCCAUCAUGGCACAACAUUCCGGUCGCAAUGGAAAUGUGACUUUCCAAUUUUGCCUGACCUAAAUGUAACUUCCUUAAAUGAGGAAACUAAUGAUGGGAAAAUGGAGAGUUCAUCUAUUUUUUGUGAAUUUUAAAAGGCCUAAGCUCCAGUCAUGGACAAUAUGGAUGGAGAAGUGCAGAUAUUUGCGAGCACUGCAGUAAUGCCUGUGAUGUUGACCCAGAAGAAUGCUCUUACAUAUGUUUCGUUCCCAUUCUGUUUUAUGUCUCAUAAUGAUGUCUAGUUUAAAACGAACGAUUGCUUUGUCCUAGUGAAAGUUUAAAAAAAUAUAUAUAUUUUUUUUUAUGUUGGAUUGUUUCUGUAUCUAGAGAAAAACGCACAAGGGGAGUGUGGUCUUCAAGUUCAGGCUCCAGAAAGGGGUCAUGCAUUGAGCUUUGUACUCCAAUCGAUAUUGAAGGAAAAAAACUAAACGUUUUUAAUAUGUUAUAGGCCUGCUUCCAUUUUGGUCCCUAGCUCCUUCUAAACGGUGAACAUUUUAGCGUUGAUAGAUUCCAAAGAACCUCACAAUGUGUAGGAAAAGUUGAAUGGGAAUGGCGCCACCUAGCCUCCCAAAUAGGCUAAAAGCAGAGCUUUCACCAUAUAACUUUCACUUACCCAGUUCUUUAGGAUCUGAGAACACCAAAGGGCUGGAGGCUACGAGAAGUGGCUAGGGGCCGUAAUGGUACUGGGCCAUAGCCUGUCUGUCGGUUAGUGAAGAGUCAUGUAGCUCUUAUUUUAAUGGUCAUAUUGUACAUUUAAAUUAAAUGUAUGUUCUUAACUAAGCAGUACACACAUAGGAUUUGUUUUUGGCCUUGCGUUUGUAUAUUGUAGUAUUAGACACUUAGAUGUCCUGUUCGAGCAGUCUGUAGACAUGUAUACAGUUAAUUAUGUAAACUUUUCUAUGUUGAUCUUACUUGAACAUUGUUUUGAGUAUGUUGGAUCUCUGUGCCAAACUCAGUAUGAUGCCAAACCACUGAUAAUUAAAUGCCUGUCUGUUUUGUUCAUGUUUGAGUUACAGUGCCUUGCAAAAGUA